UCAUGCUGCUGCCAGGUCCAGAGUGUCUCAUGGGUCCCUGUACGGCCUCCCAUUGCUGCUGUCUCCAUCGCCACACUCUGCCAAUGCGGCCACUUUCAGGUCUCCUCACACCUGCUGGUGGGUUCCAUUUUGUCAUAGGGUGCUGGCAGAUUACGGGCCUCCCAUUGCGCUGCCAGGCCCGUAAUCUGUCAUGGGCCCCUGUACCGCCUCCUCAUGCUGCUGCCAGGUCCAGAGUGUGUCAUGGGUCCCUGUAUACCGCCCCUCAAUGCUGCUGCUGCCAGGUCCAGAGUGUCUCAUGGGUCCCUGUACGGCCUCCCAUUGCUGCUGUACUCCAUCGCGAGCCACACUCUGCCAUGUGCCACUUUCAGGUCUCCUCACGACUGCUGGUGGGUUACAUUUUGUCAUAGGUGCUGGCAUGAUUACGGGCCUCCCAUUGCUGCUGCCCAGGCCGUAAUCUGUCAAUGGGCCCCUGUACCCCGCCUCCUCAUGCUGCUGCCAAGGUCCAGAGUGUGUCAUGGGUCCCUGUACCGGCCUCCUCAUGCUGC